AUGCGCUCUCGAAAGUAUAACCUUUGUUUAUUCGCGACAUUGCUAACCGAUGAUAUUUUUCAUUUCCAAUUACGAGUUCUGAAAGGCCUUUUCACACAAUUCCUCGGGUCUCGAUUGUCUCCCCGUCAGAUCGAUGCGAAUGGCGUUCUCAUCGACGAUAAGUCUGGAGGUAUUCCUCUUCUCUUCUCAUAUUUGGUCACCACACACCAGAAUGCCUUUAUGAAAUGUGAUUACAACAUGCACAAGUCAAACAGUACCUUCUUUUCCGAUCUGGACAUCAACCGAGCGCAGUUGCUCUUGAGCCUUUUCCCACGCCUGCCACGCUGGGCACCUAUACCCGAUUCAGCCACCAAAAGCUCCGAAACAGAUGCGGACAAGUCAAAAAAGCGCGAGAAGACCGUCAGUAUUGCGCUGGGUGGAACAUCGUGUGUUUUUAAGCGGGAGAUCAAGCCCCUGCAGCGAUACGAGGUCUGGUCGCGGGUACUGUCAUGGGAUGCAAAGUGGCUGGUGCUGGUGAGCUACUUCGUGAAGGCAGGAACACACAAGAGCGUGAUGAGAAGCUUGCAAAAGGGGAAUCAGAACAAGGAGGGUUCUGACGCGCAGAAAUUCAUUCUUGCUGUCGCGGUGACUCGAUAUGUGUUUAAAGAUGGACGCAGAACGGCGCCGCCGGAGGAGGUCCUGCAAUGCGUGGGUCUGUAUCCAUCAACAUUCGCAGAAGCAGAUGAGCAAGAUAUUUAUGACAACCUGAGAAAGCCAGGGUCGGAUGCGCUCGGUUUCUUUGGUUCAUUGGAUUCGCUGGCAUCGAAUUUUGGUGAUGCUAGUUCAUCGAUUCUAGGAAACUACAGUGAUUUGUAA